GCAUAAGCAUUAGAAAGUGAACAAUUGGAAUUACAACAUGAAGACAGUACUGUUGUUGUGUCUGAUCAUGGCUUGCGCCAUGGUCGCAACGCCAUUUGCGUUACCUGGGUUAGCAGGUGGUGUACUAAAGAACGUGAUUGCGUUAAAUGACCCUGACGUGAAUGUGAUUUCUUCUCAAUAUUCCGGUGGUUCUUCCGGUGGUUCUUCCGGUGGUUCUUCCGGUGGUUCUUCCGGUGGUUCUUCCGGUGGUUCUUCCGGUGGUUCUUCUAGUAGUUCUGGUAACUUACCAGGAGAUGUACCAAGCAAUUUUAACGUAGCAAACAACCCGACAGUGAAUAUUUUUUCAAACGAUGUGGACACAAGAAAUGGUAAUGGUUCUUCUGGUAGCGGAUGUGGAUGUUCAGGAUCACCGACAGGACCAACUGGAUCACCGACAGGACCAACUGGAUCCCCGACAGGACCAACUGGAUCCCCGACAGGACCAACUGGAUCACCGACAGGACCAACUGGAUCCCCGACAGGACCAACUGGAUCACCGACAGGACCAACUGGAUCCCCGACAGGACCAACUGAAUGCCCGACAGGACCAACUGGAUCACCAACAAAACCAACAAAACCAACAAAACCAACAAAACCAACAAAACCAACAAAACCAACAAAACCAACAAAGCCAACAGGACCUCCAUGUCACUAA